UGGAUCUCCACUAUAAAUUUGCCAAGAAAGUUGAUGCGAAUCAAAAGAAGUUUGUCAAACGAUUGCAAGAAACCGUCACAAUACCAAGUGUCCGAGCAACCACAACGACGUGCAGACGUUGUACGCAUGGUACAGUGGACCAAAAUGCAGAUGGAAGGAUUAGGUUCCAGGGUUGAGCUGUGCGACUCUGGAAAACAAACAUUAUCGGAUGCUUUCAGAAUCAGUCUUCCUCCAGUUUUGUUUGGUACGCUUGAACCUUUCAAUCUCGUCGAAAAGGAUGGGAAAUUGUAUGGUCGUGGCUCAACUGACAAUAAAGGGCCAGUGGUUGCGUGGAUAAAUGCAUUGGAUGUAUUGUGUAAAUGUGAACUUUCAAUGCCGGGGUUCGUGCUAUUAUUUCGUCGAGAUAAUCAGUUACAAAUAGACUUACAUAGCGGUAUAUUUGGAGGCUCCGUGUACAAGCCAAUGUCAGAUUUAGUUUGGAUGAUGAGUCAAUUAACGGAUAUAGAGGGAUGCAUCAUGAUCGGAGGUAUUAUGAAUUUGUUGGCUCCAGUACAAAUGAAGAAAUUGUACGAAACUCUUGUUUCGAUGUGAUAUGUGUAUUUAUUGC